AUGGUAAGUAUAAAUCGCCGCCAACGAUUGGAAUUUGCGCUAAGCAUUCUGCCCUAUGAUUUCAAGUCAGUGCAGCUAUCAAGGGCACAAAAUCAAGUGGAAGACAUUAUAGCACGACUACGCACCGACGACACCUCUGCUGAGGAGGAGAGCGAUGAGGAGAAGACCAGAACCCAGCAACAAAAAAAUGCCAAAGGCUUUGCCGAGCAGACAAUGCGCCAUAUUGAGCAAUCCGAAGGCAUAGUAUGUCCGCGACCGAAGAAUAUGUUGAGCACAUUGGCAACUCUGACUCUGGCAGCUGAGAAGCUGCUGAAAACACAGUGCAAAGUGGAUGAUGAAAGUUUCGAGGAAAAUGAGGAGUUUGUGGAUCGCAAGGAGCUCAUGGAGAACAGCAUUCAAGCAUUGAACGAGGCGCGUUUGAAGAUGCUGCAACGUUGGGAACGCUCCAAGCGGAAGGCUCUCGAUCUGCUUACCAUUGAGAUCGAGAAGGUGCAGGCCAUGGAUCAGGACCAUGCCCAAAAGGCGGCACACUUUCAGAUGUUCCGUGAUGGCGCCGACGAGCACAACACUUCAACGCCCAAGACAAACGAUGAUGACGAUGACGAUGAUGAGGAAAAGGAGAAUGAGAAAGAGAAUAUCAAUGAGCUGGAUGACGAUGAUGAGGAAUAUGUGCCUAGCGGUGCCGAGAGCUGUAAUAAACGCAAGCGGCAAAAGAAAUUCGUCACAUCAACCCCAUAUCCAAUACUCAAGUGUCCGCACUUUGAGUUCGAUCACGAUGCCAACUCAUCUAUGAUCACCAUUGGACCCAAUGGCACACAGAUAUCGAGGGCCUGUCUCACUGGCAUUAACUGGUCCAUGUCUGGCCCGUCCAUAACCCGCAAGCUGAUGUGCGAGAUCUUUGAUCGCGCUACUCUUGCCUUUCACACACUCUCUGGCAAGCCGUCACCGGCCUUUAAAGAUUGCGCACGUCCCAGCAAGCAGCAGUUGGAUCCUCUCAAGGUGAGCGAUCUGGUCUAUCUGAUGACCAACAGUCUGCAGAUGACACCACGCGAGGUGCGCACAGCCAUAACAACCAAGUGCGCCGAUGAGAAUAAAAUGCUCCGUACUCGACUCCAGCGAGAUCCACGCAAGACUAUUUAG